CCGAGUCCAUGCAGGAUGACCGACGCGACAGGGGACAUUGCCACCUUUUAUUGGAAAUUGAGACAUCAGUUUCUUGGCUGUCGUACGUCGAUGAUUUCUUAAACUCUCCUUUUUCUAUUACUUGGAAGAACAGCCAGAACAGGCAGAAGUGGUGAGAAGAACUAAUGGCAGGAAUACUCUCCCUAAAGAGAAGCCUACUGACCGCCAACUUGAAGCUGCUGAUUAGAGACUCCUCCUCCUAUGCUCACCAUACCGGCAAAGUCAUCACCGCCACUGCCGCCGCCUCCUUCUCCACCGCAUUCGAACGUGCACAGGGUAGCAAUGCAGUGGAAGAGUCUAUGGACAGCUCAGGUGGACCUGCUGUGACUCCAGGUACAUCGAACAACGACCCAACAAGGCAAGGGACGUACGAAGCCAAGCAAGAAGCCCUUGACGUUGAUCAGGAUCGAGCGAGCGGUGUAACGGGUUUCAUGGCCGAGAAGGUAAGAGACGGGGCUGAGAAGGCCAAGGAGAUGACCGAUAGGGUGGGGGAGACGGCCAAGAAGACGAUUGAUGGAGCUCGGAAGGCGGCUGCAGAGACCACUCAGCCGAUCAAGGAGGCUGUCACCAGGGACGAUGAGGACGAGAAGAGAGGGCCGAACCAGAAUGUUGAUUCUUGGGAUUAUAGAAACAUCGUGGAUUUAAGGCAGAGGGCCGGUGGGUACGAUACGGGAGCACCGUAAAUGAAUGUUAGCCGGUCCAAUGUCGUAUCUUGUUAGUUUAGCGUGUUUCAUGUUACUUUGAGCUAGCCAGCCACUUUAGACAUUUGCUUCUCAUGGCACGGAUAAAUAAGUACGAGGAGCUUAAGAAAAUCUUAUGAAAACAAGAAUAUUGCGAUAUCAUCUUCGAGUC